AUGGCCUUAUCUGUUUCGAGGUCUUCCUUUAAGAACAAUGAAGGGAGCUCAAUUUCGAUGAAAGCGCCGAAUUCAAAUGGAGGAAACAUAACCAUUGUGGACACUUUGAUUGCUAACAAUUUGAAGCGAUCGACAACAGGCUUGUCAAUUAGUCCUAAAUACCUACUUAAACUUGUGAACGUGUCAAUAGUGCAAGCUCAUUAUGGACUGAAAAUGAUCGCACUAGCUGAUCCUAGGCGAGAAGUCUACCCAGUUAAUAUCGCUGUCUAUAAUUGCACUUUUAAAGAUAAUACCUAUGAUAUGCUAUUCAGUCUGCGUGACCCCCGAUCGGUUCGUCUCAUGAUUCAGAACACAGUCUUUACUAGCAAUGAGACGUGGAAAAGAAGCUAUGCCAUACGCUUUCACAUUCCACCUCUGAAAAAGCUGAAUACUUCUCAGGCGGUUAUCGGCCUGGAAAACAAUACUUUUGAGUUCAGGCCAUCCACUAACUUUGCUCUUUUCUUCCAUGGUAAUAAAACGUUGUGGAUAAGACGGUCCACCUUUAGAAACUGUGUCUGCCUCUAUCGCGAAAAGUGGGCAGUGCCAAGGAGCGGUUCAUCUGACUCCUAUUUCUAUGAGACAGCUACUGGCGCAUUAUCAAUUAUCACGAGCCCUGAUACACCAUCAAAAUCCGGUUGUGUUCAACCGAAUACCAGAGACGAUACUCACCCAUUGUGGACGUAUCACAGUGACGUGAUAAUUGAAAAUACCAUAUUUCAAGAUAAUACGGGUAUCAUGGCUGGUGCAGUAUCAAUCAAUAACGGAAACAUCACGUUUCAAAAUUGUGUCUUCCGAGACAAUUUUGGUAUUGAACUAGCAGGUCAUGUUUAUUCUGCAUAUGGAACGGGUCAAGUGCUUUUUAAAAACUGCUUCUUCGUCAGAACAAAAGAAAGUUUGAAACUGAGAAAUGGCACGUUCUCUAAAGCAACACUCUUGUAUUCUGAAAGUGGAGGGCCAAUGAGAUUUCAAAACACAUCCAUGACUUCAUUUGUUUCUACGUGGAGUCCAUAUCCAGUGCUUCAUAUUUCUAGCGGAGGAUACUUUUCUAUGGACCACAAUACAACCAUUCAGUGCAACAAAGGAAGUCAGCUCUGGCUUGAAAAUACCACUCAUUUUUCUUCAGCUGAAAACAUGAAGAAUUUUUGCAAGCUUAAUGUUACCAGCCUAAAAUUUACGUGUUGGACUUGUGCCGCUGGUCAUUACAGCAUCCGAGAAGGGCGUUCACGUGGUUUAGAUGUGGUAGACAAGAUUACGUGUUACAAAUGUCCAUUUGGGGCCAGUUGCCAAACUGGAAUCAUAACUGCAGACGAAAAUUUCUGGGGAUAUCAAAGCACCAAAAGACCGCCAGAGCUCGCGUUUAUUCCUUGCCCCGACAGUUAUUGUCGAAGUCCAGCUACCGGUUCUUCGGAAUAUAACGAAUGCGUUGGAAACAGAACAAGCAUUUUAUGCGGCACCUGUGCUCCAGGAUAUAGUGAGACUCUUCUUUCUACCGAUUGUCUGGCCAAUGAAAAGUGCAGUAACAGCGUGUACUGGUUGAUUAUAAUACUGGCCACAACUAGCCUGGCUACAUAUCUUUUAAUCAAACCACCAAUUUUCACAUUUCUCAAAAAGCAAAUAUUAUGGUUUAGGAAUCAGGAACAUGGGAUAGCAAAGGAAGAUUUAGGUGACGUCUGUGAGCACCUGGACAGCGGUCAUCUUAAAAUUGUCUUUUAUUUCUAUCAAGCUGCCGAGGUACUGACUGUUAGUUCCACCGACGACUUGCUCCAUAAAAUAAAUUUUAUGUCUGUGAUCAUAGCAGGUUUCAAUUUUCAAUUUCGCAUAUUUAAGGAAAAAGCGGGAUGUCCUUUCGUUGGCCUUACAGCAGUGACCAAGGAGUUGAUGCUGUCUGGAACAGUUUUUGCCACCAUGGCAGAAGUUUUUAUCAUCUACUGGUUGCAUUUUGGUUUCAACAUUUUACGACGUAAGGCAGUCCCUUCUCCUCAACGAUACAUAGCGACAAUCAUAGAGAUAAUGCUGCUUGGAUACGAACGGUUAGCAGAAACAUCUUUGAAGCUUUUACGAUGCGUUCCUAUAGGUUCCGAAAAUCGUCUUUACCUCGACGGAAGUGUUACAUGUUGGCAAUGGUGGCAAUAUGCACUACUGGCAUACGUUAUAGUAUUCGUGGUCCCUUUCUUCUUUGUUCUUUACUUCGGUUCUUUUAAACUUUAUCGGGGACUGGUUUCGACUGGCGAGUUCCUGGGAGCAUGCAUUAUGCCACUGCCUUUCCUGGUAUACUGGCUCAUAAGACACAAAAUGAGGCCGAACACCGAUUCAUCGCUAGUAAGAGGGAAGCCUGAGAACGAACCUGUGUUGGAAGUACUACAAGGACCAUUUCGCCCGCCAAAUGAUGACGAUAGUGGAACUUUAUACUGGGAGAGUGUUUUGAUUGGCCGCCGUUUAAUCCUCCUUGCUUGCCGUGCGUUUAUUGAAGAUGCAAUGUUGUGCUCAGUCCUCAUGGCUGCUCUUUGUGUUGUCAACCUCCUCCACCAUCUGCGCAAGAACCCUUACCACAGCACCAUCACUAACAGCACCGAGACAGUAUCCCUUUUUGCAUUGGUUAUUAUUUCGCUAAUCAACAUUCCAAAGGCGACUCUUAUCUCGUUUAGCACAAGCCGUCACGGGCCGAGCAUACGGUAUUUACAAGCCAUGGAAUGGAUUGAGAUCUGUGCUCUGUUUUUCUUCCCAUUGUGGUUUUGCGUGUGUGUAGCUCUCGCCAUCAUUUCUCAGCUCUUUCGUUUUAUUGCACCUACAGCCAUACAAAUAUAUCGUUACCUAAGGCGAUGUCAUACAACGACCUGGAGUACAAUAGAUAUGAGA